UACCAUAUCAGGACUCUGGAGGUGAAUGGCAGCUAAAUGGCAUUCAGUAACCAUCACUUUUAUAAUCCACACCUCUUGUUUGUCUGUGAUGUUAUAUUUUUCUAUGUACGUCAAACACGUUUUAUUUUGAAAGGUUUGACGGGAAAUGUAUGUGUUGUUACCCUGUCUGAACUGACGCUGGUCUACGGUCCUUCUCAAUAGACCAGACAGGUGAUAAACAAGUAUUGGGACAGAUUGUUUCGCACAAACCAAAGUGAAUAUUGGUCAGCUGGAGCUCGUUGACCUCCCUGCAGUCCGUAUGCUACACCGAGCAUGGCCGAGAGGCAGGACACUGAGGUGGAGGAGGCUGACCAGAUCUACUUGCUGAUGAAGGAGGAGUAUCGGAUCUCUAGGAAUGUGCGUCUGGCGUGGUUCCUGGGUAAGCUGAACCAGGUCAUCUGGCCAGCCUCAGCGCCUGAACUGCUGAACUCAGAGAAUGAACUGGACCUGUUGAGCAUCUUACCAAAAGGAUGGCAGCCGGAUUUCCCCCCCACUUUUUACCCCUACAUGUUGAUGCCAUCUACUCGGGCCACCUUCCUGGCCCGGAGGUACCGCUUCAUCAUUGAGCUGGACCUCAGCCCCUCCACUGGGAUUGUGGAUGACAGCACAGGAGAGAUGAUCUUCGAUGAGGUGUUUCACGCCCUGUCCAGGUGUCUGGCUGGUCUUGCUCUACCAUUCAAAGUCCCUGGAACUGAUCAGCUCUUCAAGCCAAAGAUCUUCAUCACCAUCUUGGCAUACUCAUCAAUUAUUGACCUCACUUCCCAUCAGGUUUUGGUGCAGGGCUGUCAGCUUGAUCGAACAGACCUGGAUGAGUUCCUGCACCACAUCUAUCAGAAGCUCAGAGCAGUGGAGAGCAACAUCGCAGAAGUCUUGCAUCAGCAGCAUGAACAGUCCAUGGAGCCAUUCCAAAACUCAGGUCUCCCUAGCAACAAACUGGAUGACCAGCCCCACAGGAAACAGGGUGUUUCCAUGGUGUCAGCUGAUAUGGGUCUGGUCAGCAUGGUACGCCAGGGCAUCCUGGCCCUUCAGUUGCUGCCUCCAAAUUCCAGUGCAGGUAUCAUUAUAAUCACAGACGGAGUGACCAGUGUUCCUGAUGUAGCAGUGUGUGAAACCCUGCUGAACCAGCUCAGGAGUGGAACCAUCGCCUGCUCCUUUGUGCAGGUUGGCGGUGCGUACUCCUAUGACUGCAGCUUUGGAUACAUCCCCAACGUGGAGUUGAUGAAGUUCAUCUCAUUAGCCACCUUUGGCUCGUACUUGCCGAGCUGCCCUGAAGUGGACCUGAACAGCCAGGAGAUGAACGCCUACCACAAGGCCUUCUUAACCUACUCCUUCCUCAAGACCCCUGAGUCCAUGAAUUCAGAGUAUUUCUGUGUUUCCCAGCACAAACUGUUCAAUGAGCACCUGGUGUCAGCCAGUGGAAACCCUGCCCUGGUGAUGAGGAGGAAGAAGCACACAGAGAAGGAAGUCCAUGCUCAUUUAAUCAGCAUUGUGUCUGUGCGACUGAGAGAAGGCUACACCAUCAGAGAGAUAAGCCUCACCAAAGGUGGGACUCAGCUGGAGGUGAAGCUGGUGUUGUUAUGGAAACACAACAUGCAUAUUGAGUACCUGGCAGCCGCCUGCUGGCCACUGGACCCCGCCAAGAGAACCACGAGGGUGGAGGUGACAAUGGAGGGAAGCUAUGACAUCCUCCAUGACAUCAGCUGCACCCAGAGGAAACCCAUCACUAGCCCAUACCGCACCUCUGUCAUCCGCCGCUUCUGGAACACACUGCAGAGCAUCAACCAGACUGAUCAGAUGUUGGUGCACCUCCAGGCGUUUAAUUCAAUUCCUGAGAACUACAUGAUCCCUGAGAGCACCAAAAACGGAGUUCCUCUGUUUUACAUCCCCCCUGGAUCUACUACUCCGGUUCUGUCCCUGCAGCACAGCGGAUCCAAAGACUCCCCUCAGUCUCAGUUUGCUUCCUACUGGAAGCCCAUCCUCUCCAUGGACGCCAACUUCUGGCAGAGAUGGCUGCACAUGCAUCGCAUCGCUAUCAUCCUCGAACAUGACAUGCCUAUCCCCAAACACCUGCACACAGCUGGAAACAACGGACGCUACAGCACCAUUCAGUGUCGUAUCUCUCACACUGCCCUCACGUCUCUGCUGAGGGACUGGAGCAGCUUUGUGCUGGUGGAGGGUUACUCAUAUGUUAAACUCAUAUACAGUUCAUCUGACCAGCCUCCCACAUCCUUCUACCUGGUUCGCCUCAUCUCUAAGACGCCCUGCAUGGUGCUGCGCCUAGGCUUCCCUAUUGGUACUCCAGCCCAUGUUAGAAACAAGAUUGUGGAUGAGCUGCGAGAGCAGAUCCUCAAACUCCGCUUCCCUCACCGUGUUCAGAACAAAGAGGCCACCCCCAAGACCAAGAGGAAGAUUGUUGGCCAUCCGUCUCCAUCUAAAUCCCCUUCCAUCCCUGCUCCCAAACUAGCACUGUCAGACAGACCAUGUGUGGUGGUGCUCAAUAAGCCCCUAGAGAAGCUGCUCAUAAGGUACGAGAAGUUGCCCCUGGACUUCAGGACUCCCUUCAUUUUAAACAUGGAGAAUUUUCUGCAGCCCUCCAACAGUGCAGUGCCACUCAGCAUGGCAGCCAACCGGACCGCCUCCUCCACCCUGGCCUCUCUGUCCCGCUACUUCCUGCACCAGCGCUGGGUGUGGGCCGUGCAGAGCAGCCAAGGUCCAGCUGUUGCCAUGCAAGCUGUUGCUCAUAUCCUGUCCAUGCUCUCAGACAUCCGGAUUUCAGAAGGCUUUCACUUUGCUGCCAGUGGAGAGGGCAUAGUGAACAUGGUGAUCGAGCUUCCGAUGAGGGGGAUGUCAGAAGACACGGACAGAGAGAGCCACUCCUGUAUCGUUCAGUACAUCUUGUUUCCUCCUCACUCCACCUCCACCAAGGACAGCUUCUCCACUGACGAUGACAACGACACUGAGGUUGAGGCUGUAGACAUGGACACAGAGCUGAACCUGGUGACAGAGUGCUGGGUGGAACCACAGAGCGGCACAGUGAUGAACUGCAUGGACCAGCAUCGUCACCUCCAGGGCCUCAAGUACCAGGAGAUCCCUCAGGCAAUCUUCCCGAGGGACCUGACCUGUAUGUCCACAAUGAUGACAUUUGAGUAUCUGAGCCAGCUGUGUCAGAAUAAGGACCAGGUCUGCUCACUACCAGCUGGACUCAAGGGUGUGAGAGCUGAAGCUCUGGCCUCUGAGGACAGCAUCCACAUCGUUCCCUUUCAGUUUGACCUCAUUCAGCUGCUCCCCAAGUGUCAGCAGGUCGAACUCUUCUUCCUCACAUUCAGCACAGUGCUGGAGAAUGAGGAGCAGGUUCACAGCUCCACCUGUCUGCCCAACGAGCUCCUGCUCAGCCUCUUCCACAGCAGCCUGGAGCACGAGCUCAGUGACAAAGAGAUCCCAUUAGCUGACAGUGACCACGUCGCUUUCAUGCACCACAUCUUAGAGCGAGAAAGAGAUGGCCACAUGGCUCCUUUCUCCUUACCUGUUAUUAAAGAGGAGUGUGUGAAGCCUCCAGACAGACAGGACACAAUGACGUCAUUCCACACCACUGGCAGCAGCAAGGAGGUGAUGGGAUCUACCAGCACUUUACAGAGCUUCAGUAAUGCAGACCUGGUGGAUGAAGAGCCCCUGCUGGUGGAGAGCAGCUGCUCUAUGCCACAGUGGAGAUGCUAUGCCAAGUACAUCAGCGCCCAGCAGAUCCUCCUUACCUUCCUCCCUGCUUCUUUUACAGAUGUUCUGAUGCUGAUGGCGGCAGGGCUGGAGACAGAACCUCACAGUAGCAUCAGCAUGCAGGAAGAUGACACUCUAACCCCCAGCAUCAAGUCUCAGGCUGACACCCUGUCUGGCUCCACCAGUGGGCUGGAGAAAUCUGAAUCUAGCCUCAGUUUGGCCAGUAAAUUGCCAAGGAGCUCCAGCAGCGGACAUUUCACCACCAGGUCCCCUGUAGUCUCACCUCAGUCUGAGUGCCAGACAUGGCCCGCUGACUCACUGGUUCUGGAACAGGACAGCUGGGACAGCAGGGUUUCAGAGACAGAGAUUGGGACCCCCGGCUCAGAGUUGGGAGAAAAAGAGGGAGUCCAGUUCUCUGAACCACAGAAGACAGAUUUCCACAUCAGCUUUGGCAGGCAGGUUUCCCAGCACAGCACCAGUGACAGCAGCCAGUUAAAGUGUCCAGUUUAUGUCUACAACUGCUCUCUGGAGCACCUGAAGGAGCAACUGGUUCACCCCAACUCCAGCCGCCAGCCCAGGGACAUCUUCAGGUCACUGUCUCAGGACCGCAGUAGUCCGUCCCCGUGGACCGACCUCCUGGCUCAGCCUCACAAACACAAGGAGCUGGCCAACUACUGCAGCCUGCUGCAGGAGCAUUACCACCAGAGCUAUGUCAAAGGUGUGUACCGCAGCCUGCAGCAGUCCUGCAGCAUCAGCUCCCAGGACGUCCUGAUGGCUAUGGACUACUGUGAAGAGUCCCUACAGGAGAUUGACAUCACCUCUUUCCUGCAGACCCUCUGUGGACACAUCAGGAUCUUCAGGGAUCAUGGGGAGGCUCCAGGAUGGGGAGCAAAUCCAAAACCUUCAAGGAGUCCUGCCACUUUCAUCAUCGGAGAGGUUGAAGAGGACCGGCCAGGUGACAGGGUUGCAGUGGCCUCCAUGUCCAGUAGUAUUGACAUGGAGGAUUCCAGCGAAGCUGAGUCUAGAGGGAAGUCCUCUGCUCCCACAUCUCCUCUGACCCUGGAUGAAUCCAGGACAGCCAAGAUCCCAGAGUUCCCUCUGACUCUGCUCCAGACACAGCCGAAGUGUGAAGUGUAUCCAGACCUGCACAGAAUCAUACAGGAUAAAUUCAUGGAGAUCGUGUCUCACUAUUUCAAAACUGUGCCCUCCAACCCACACUACUUCUUCUACUGCCCCCCGUCAUCCAAGAGAGAGGAGGACUCGGAGGACGAUGAGAUAGAAAGAAGACCCAGUGAGGAGCUGGUGUCAGAAGCUGAGCCGGCCACAGAGGACGAACAUAUGUCAGGUUGCUGUGUCAUGACGGAGAGCGACACAGACUUGGUGGUAGAGUAUGAGGAGUAUGCAGGCCCCAGCUCCCACGGAGAGGGUGAAGACCAGUCCCUGUCCGACUCAAACACUGUCAACCAGGACCAGGACUCCUUCAGCAUCCUGGAGGGAGACUCCCUGCUGGACCCUGAGGGGCAACAGCUGGACAUGCCCCCGCUGUUUGUUCAUGUCACAUGUUCGGUCAAUAUGAAAAGCUGCCACGGCUCUAUGCCCAUACAGACUCUGCCUACCUGCCUCGGGGAGAUCAUAUCCUGUCUGGAGAAUGCGGAGGCCCUGCAGUCUGUGGAUUUGAAUGAGCUCUCAGUCACUUUAGAUAUUUUUGUCCUGACAUUACCUCUGGAGAUCGAAGUCAUGGCUGAUUUCCAUCACAACAGGUACACUUCAGAGAGCAGUGUGUCCCUGAACCGCUCACCGGGACAGCCGUCGUCCUACCGCUCUGAUGAGGAGCUGAUGGCGGUGUUGGACAGUCUGAGGGGAGCUGGUGUUAAUGGGGUCUCUGGUGAUCCUUUAUCCAAACUCCCAGUUCCUCACAAGUUAGCGAUCCUGGCCACGAUGGAUGAGAUCCGCUGGCUGCUGGAGGAUGAGAUUGUCUCUGCUCUGCGUCACUCUCGGGUCAUCAGCUCGGCCACACUGCAGAAAGUAGCAGAGCAUGUUUUACGCUCCAGUGGUCGACUGCACUGUCACUGUGAAGAUGUCCCACUGCAGUUUGUCUUCGGGCCAGACCAGUCUCUGGAGAAAUUUAAAGAGGAAUUCCGCAGAAUCUCAUUCUCUGGCUAUGUCCUGAAUGGGCAACAGGACAGUUUCUACUACAUGUCCCUGAGCAGACUCCACCCACAGAGGAUCCACGCAGCCAAGAGGCUUUCUGAGAGCACCGCAGACCCCCCACUACACACCAACCCCUGCAGCACUGCAGCACAGGUGGAGGACGUGAUGCUGGAGAGUGAAGCAGAGGCUCAGGCAGCAGAGGGAGACAGUGAGAGUCAAGACAAGAGGUCCAUCAGUGCUGCUGCUGACGCUCCCAGUGACACAACUGCAGAUGCCAGUGAGCCAAUCAGAGCCCUGAAGCCUGAGCCUGACAAUAUUGUUUAUCAGAGCUCAGUUAGCAUGGCGGGGGACCGAGGUCAGCCCAGUACCACCCAGCUCCAGACUGACUCCUGCAUAGAGCCCACGUCACCCCCCAAAACACCAUCCAGUGUCAGCCUGGCUGAGUCCGUGCAGUCCGCCUCUCACAGCUGCGGCAAACUCAGGCCAAGUCGAGUCCAGAGCGUCGUGUCCAGCCAGGGCAGUCUGGACUCAGACAUGCAGGGUUAUGAUGGCGGCAGCAGCGACUCUGAGUGUGAGAGCCCCACCCUGGAUGAGCAGGAGUGUCAGUCACCACUGAUGCCAGACUUCUGGCUGAUUGUUAAGAUCCACCAGGACCGGGUGAAGGUCUACUCCCACUCCAGGGGCUUCACAGAAGGAAAGGAGGGCAGUGCUGAGGAGCUGAAGAAGGAGGAGGAGCAGGAGCUGCCUGAAUACUUACAGCUACAUCAGAUGGUCGUCAGGAAAAUCGGAGAGAUCUGCAGGGUAGUCAAUCAGCGAAUGCUGCUGCAGGACCUACAUGACAGCCAUGUUUGUAACUCUCUGCUGGUCGCUGAGAGUGAGGAAGACAUCUGGAAGAGCGAGUCUCACUACAGGCAGAGGCUCAACACCUCCGACGAUUACAACACAGAGGAAAGCUACCAGGCCAGGGAUUACUUGGCCGCCACUAUGCAGUUCAUCCCUGGACAUUUUGCCUGUGAUGUGGUGUGGAGCACAAUCAUCCACAUUCACCCUCGUCUCAAGAUGGGACCCAACAUGGGGGUGUCCAGAGCCAUCCAGGCCCUGCGCUCAGUGCUCAACUCUUUCUGUGUGGUCAACAGGAAGAACAUGUUUGUCUACCAGGAGAGAACAACUAAAUCAGUCUUCUACCUCAGACUUUGUGAAACAUCGCUAACAGGGAAGUACUCUGAUGUGGAUGGAAACCUCCACAUGACUCGCUCCGUUGGGCUUUUCAGGAGUCAGGAGCCGCUGUUUUCUGAUGACCUCACGGGGUCCAGGUCUUCUGUGGAGGGCUCUCGACCAGUUGGACAAGUAGACAAGCACAUCCUGCUGCUAGUGCAUGGAGUGGGAAAUGCAGGUCCAGAGAUCACAGAUGAGCUGGUUAAGGUUCUGAGGAAGCGCCUGGAUGAGACAACGUUGGACAUCAUCACUGUCAUGCUUGUCAGGAACUGCAAGCUGACACCAGCUGAUGUGGAGUUCAUCCAGCCAUCAGGAUCUCCAGCUACUGAGGUGAUGAACUUCAGCCUCCCCCAGUACUGUCUUCCCUGGCUGCCUGCUGUGGCUCACUACCUGAGGCAGAACCUGCUCAUCUUCCUACAUGUACCCAAGUACACGGACAGCAACACUGCGCACCAUUUCAAGCACUACUUUCAUUUGAGCAGUGACUUGGCUGACGGUGAUAUCUACCUCUACAACAAACCUGGAGGCCAGGGGACUGGAGGCAAAGGUACCAUGUCGGAGCUGGUUCAGCACCUCUUCCCGCCCUCUCAGUUUAAAGGUAUCGCAUGCAUCGCCCUCUCAUUCGUGGAUGCCCGUGGUCACCCCCUUCAGGUUCCAGCUCAUGACGGUGCCGCACUGCAGAGGUCAGAGAACUGCACCACCCCCCUUCACUCGGACCAUUUUGAUGAUCUGACCACUGUGGUUAAAGUGGACUCCGUCACUGUUGGCUCAGGUACAGAGCCACAGCUGUAUGUGCGCUUUGACAUCUGGGAACAAGGCAACAUCAGCCCCUUACAGCUCAGUGACAGACUGCAGGGGGCACUGCGCCACGCACUCUGUGACGUUGUCAUGGAGCUGAGAGUCUUACCAAAUCCUCUGUGUCUGGGCAUGGUGUGCCCGGCAACCAAGGCACAGAGAGAAGAAGCUAAAGGUCUGUUGAUUCCUCUACCUGAGGUGAAGGAAAUGAAAGACAGCCCCCGGCAGCGCAGUGGCUCACGGGUCUUUAAAAGCAGCCCCUCUCCCAUCACCUUAACCCAAGCUUUGGGGAGCACCCCCGUGACAGGGACCGGAACCCCCGAGUCCACCACACCCACUGGCAAGAGCACCCGCCGGAGUUUCUGGGACAUACUGAGUAAGCCAGACUCAUCAGAGCUGGGGAGCCCAAAGACAACUGAUGACAUUGUGCAGGAGAAAGGUGAGGAGGGCCGAGCAGCACGGCGGAGACACAAGACAGAGACCAUAAAGCAGCAGUGGAGCCAGGAGAAGGCUGUGGCUGUGGAGCUAGAGCAGGCCCAGAGGAGGCAGGUGUCUCAUUUGGAGGAGGGAGAUGUGGGCACCCUUCACCCCAUCUACCAGGUCACCUGCCAGCCAUGGAUCACUUUCAUGGCUAAACUUGGCUGCCCCUCCAUUCAGCAGUGCACUGCUGAAAUAGCUUCACACUUCUUGCUGCCUUCCAUCUUAGCAGAGAUUGGCAGUUUGGUCAGUUCCCUGGCCAGUGAUACAGCUGUGAAGGCAUUUGAAAAGACCAGCUUCCCCCCAUCUGGAGAUGUAUUUGUACCAUUUGCUCAUGUCCAGACCCUCAGCCAGGCUCCAGACGCCACAAGGAGCUUCAUUCUCAUUGGUCGCAACUUUCAUCAGUGGCAUUGUAGCACAGAGCAAGAAGACAGUUCAGAUGAAGAAAACACCCCAGUGCUAAAUAGGUUCACACCUCAUAAGGGCUUCCAGCGCUUCGAGGCUCUCGAGCAGAGUGAUUGGUUCAGUCCAAGCCAGGCCGGGGCAGGACUUGCUCCCCGCCAGAGGUUCCUUUAUAUCAGUAUCCUGGAUAAAAAGGUGACUCUCUACAGCUACAACUGGUCUGUAGACCUAGGCGCCUCUCUGAAUCGUGAGCUUGUCCGCCUUGUGAAGUGGCAGAAUGCGAGGGCUCAUGUUGUCCACUGCCUGCUCAACCAGAAGAUGGGCCUCUUCCACCACUACUGCUUCUCUGAUGCACCUCUCCAUGAGAUGGACUCCAAGCAGAACCCCAACCCAUUCCUAGGCCCCUCCACGGAGCCUGAUGCGUUGCUGCGUAGUGCGGUUCCUCCUCUGCCCAGUAAAGAGCAGGGCAGGCUGGGCAGCUCUGGCCGGAGUCUUGCUCCACUCCACUUCCCCUCUGAGCUGCUUCCCUUUGAUGAGGCCCUGAGGGACAUCUGCACCAUCCGACCAUUGAUAGAGGGGGACGCGGUGGCCCGACAUGGCGGGCAGCUCUUGGACAUCAAAGCUGCUGAACGAAGAGAACUGGAGAAGCAGAUGAAGAUAGAGAACCUGUUUGUGACUUGGCAGCAGAGGUCAGCACAGUCUAACAUGCCCAUCUCAGGGGUAGACUUGGAGACCCUGAAGCAGUCGUCCAGGCUGGUCCACUACUGUGCCACCCCUCUCCUCUUUGACCCUGUCUUCCGGAAGCAGAUCCAAGAGGAGCAGAUUGUUCAGCCUCCAGUGAAGAAACGGCAUCGCUCCAGUGACUCCACAGCAUCAGGACGGGACCGAAGCUACAGCACUGACUCAGCAGAUAUGCUGCCCAGCCGCCUGAAGGAAGAACCCUGGCUGCUUGAGAUUUCCAGCACCUUCCUCCAGCAGUACGUCCAGUACCUGCAGAGCAUGGGCUUCAUCCUGGUCCAGGUCCGGCCUCAGUCUCCAGCUCGCAGCAUCGCCCGGGCCCGUGCGGCCAUGCUGAGCUCGAUGUCAUCAGAAGCCAGGAUGUCUUUUUCUUAUGUAAAGCAGAAGAGUGAGGAUAGCCCUAAGACAACAGCAUCUUGCACCACUGCAUAUCACCUCCAGAGGGCGUUGCCAGGUGGGAUCGUCCUCAUGGAACUGGCUUUUCAGGGCUGUUACUUCUGUGUGAAGCAGUAUGCACUGGAGUGUUCCCGCAUUCCCAUGGGCCAGACAGUCAACUCUCAGUCCCACCCCAUGUCAUCUCUCCAUCAGGGCAGCCUCCUCACCAAACCUCGUUGCAAGCCGUUUCCAGAUGCCACCCCAGUAUCUGACUGUGCGCUCUCCAUGCUCUUCACUGAGGAGUGUGAUAAGGUGCGGGACCUGAUGCACGUUCACUCCUUCAGCUAUGACUUCCACUUGCGAGUGGUUCACCAGUACUUGGUUGGCUGCCACAUGACGCUGCGCCAGGGCUACCAGCUGACUGACUUCCUGGAUGACUUCAUCUCCCAUCACCCGGACAUUCCCAAGUUCGGCCGCAACCACGUCUUCCAAGGGAGCUUCUCCAUCUCCACCGGGAUGAUAACGGCUCACCAGCUCUACAACUACAUCACUGACCACGCCAGCACCUACAGCAUGAAGCCGCUGCGCAUGUCCAAGACCGCAGUCACCACCGACAACAAGAAAGGGACACCUGACCUCCAUGAGUACGCCCUGGUGGCUCUGUGGAACAGUUCUGGCUCUUACAAGGAUCUGGAGGGUCUGCAUCACCAUGACGACUUUGAUGUAUCCCUGGUGGUGUGCCAUAAUGCUGCUCCAUUUGAGGAGCAGUCAGACGGGGAGAGGCAUUUACUGAGGCUGCGAUUCUAUGUGAUCAUGACCAGCCAGAGGGAGCUCUUCCCCCGCCUCACUGCUGACAUGCGUCGUUUUAAGAAGCUACCACAGAUCCACCGUGAACCUGGUGAGCUGAGUGGUCGGCUGCCCCCGGAUCGAACGGAGGCGUGCGGGUCACGUGGCGCUGAGCAGGAUCUCUGGGAGGAAACGUCGUCCGAAGCCGCAGUCACCUCGGGCCCCAGUGAUGGGAAUGAGUUUUACCCUCUGGCAAGGGGUGGUCCAGAAGCUCAGGGGCUGUUCUACCCGUCCCCUGUGUUCCCUCUGCUCAACAACGAGGUGGCGUCAGCCCGCAGGCAGAUCCAGGCCAGCGUGGAGCAGGCCAUGGGUCACUGCCGCAGGGACAACCUGUGGAGGAGACUGUUCCAUGGAGAACACCUGGCUCUGGACAAACUGAAGCUGACCAAGCUGUCGUUCAGCGAGCUGGAGGAGCUCCUGGAGUCUGUGCAGAGCCGCUCGGUGGGGGAGAUCGACCCACAACUGGACUGCUUUCUGACCAUGAGUCCAGCCUGGUACCAGAGUCUGAUCAAAGUCCUGCUGAACCGCUUCCCUCAGAGCUGCAGACACUUCGACGACAACAGCAUCCAGUACCUGGCUGUUCUGAACCAAAAGUUCACAGACUGCUUUGUUUUGGUGUUUCUGGACAGCCAAGCUGGAAAAACAAGUCUGAAGGUGGUGUUUCGGGAGCCGCUGCCGUCACAGCCACAGGCCAGCAGCAGCCCUCCUCCACAGCUGGUGUCCAUGUAUCAUCACCUGGAGUCUGUCAUCAACACCGCCUGCUACAACCUCUGGACAGGACUGUUAUAGAGCUGAUCAGACUGUCAUGUGACCACAAUCGACACAUAGAAACAGGAAGCAACAGGAAAACUGAAGACAAUAGGCUUCUGGGAUGCUUCUCGCUUGCAGUUCUCCUGAGCUGCUUUGUUGCUGUGAUAGAGGAGGAGAUGGGUGACGUUACUGUGUUUAUGCACCUACACAUUUAUACUACACAUGAUGCAGCAAAUGCCUCAAGCCAGUCAGAAAAAAAACUAAAUUACUCCUAACUGUGUCAGUCUUAAUCCUCUGAUGUACUUGCUUUUAACUACAGCCACCAUCACCACACUGUGAUGGUCUCACAGUGAUGACCUCACAGUGAUCUAAGCCUGAACACAUGUAAAUACUCAUCUCUCCGUACAGCUGCAUAUCUGCUCUGUUAAACAGCAAGUACAUCACAAGUAUUAGGGCAGUGCUUGACCACACCGUUGUUCCCUCACACUGAACAUUAACACUGAACCCUGGUUGGUUUCAUUCCUUGACGGUUCCAAUAAAGUUUAUUCAAACAAGAAUACAUCCUCAAAAAUGGACAAAGAACAAAGACAGCAGCCUCAGUCAGGACACUUCACUGUAGUUUAUGAGGAAUUAGGAGAUGGGAACAAACUGCUGACCGUCAGAAAUCCAAUCAGCUGUCCAUCGAUCAUUCAGGUGAAUAGUGGGGCGUCAUGACCCCACCCCCCCACCCCAUCCGACUCCGAUAUUGGAUGUCGAACUACUACAGUUGCUUCGAGGGCGGGGGCAAUCAGGGUUAAAGUCAGGUUUCAUCUGUACAAUAUCUACUCAGCCGCCACGUUUAUUGGGAGAUGCUCUGAUUAAUCAGAGCACAUCAGAGUAAUUUUACACACUGAGAAAAAAUAAAGGAGCGGAAUUUUCAGGGAUCAGGACUGUUUGAAGACCUUUAGCACAGGUUGGAAAGCAGAAAAGAGGUGCCCAUCUCUCUGGUAUCUGAUCCUCAGCAAAAUACUUCCAGACUGUGGAGGAGGGUCCUGGUCCUUUAAUGCUGUGCUGUGACACAGACUCUGAUGAAUUGAUGGAUCAGGGUCUGUUGAGGUUUUUACCAGUAGAGAAAACAACACUUCUGUAUUUAUUUAUUUUUUCUCAUUUGUGACUGACAAACAUUUUAAGAGUAUGUCAGCUGUUUGGAUUUACUCAGUCUGAUGUUUCAUGCUGAAAUGCAUCAUCAUCAUCAUCAUCAUCAUCAUCAUCAGUAGUCAUAAACAACCAACAACCCCUUCCUGGUUGUAAACCUGCACAGUUUCCUCGGUUCUUGUGCCUUCUAAUAGUAUUAUGCUGGCUCUUCAAACCACAUCAGUGUUUUAGAGGCGUGAGAGACAGCUGAGGUGUCAGUGCAGAGUGGGAGGGCCUUUAUGUUUAUGUUCUCCAACAGUAUCAGACCUGCUCCUCUCUUAAACCCCACUGCCAUAUCUGGUGCCCUGAAGUGCCUUCCUCUGUUCAUUUCUCCUUUUUUAAAAAACCUUGUAAGUGAUACUGUUGUCAUUCCAUCAGCUCUGCAGAGAGGAUCUUUGGAAACACAGUGAAAGUGCCUGAGUCAGUCUGGAUAAAUGUGACUAAAAUUGCCUUCCGUAAACAGGAAAAUUAGUCAUAUUAACUUUGAUGAUUUGCAUAAUGGCAUGUCACAUCAUCAGCAUUUCCACAGCACGCUGAGGGUGAUGAGUGUGACUUGUCAUGUGUGGGUGGUAAUCAUACCUCAGUUUACAAGAGGGCGUGAAGCCAGCGUCACUACAUCACCACAAACAUGAAGGCUUGAUAUGGCAGUAUCUUCAUUAAUGACAGGCCUCACAGCUCUGCACACAAACCAAACACGUCUAAACCUCUGGAUGUAAAAUGAAAAAAUUUUGAAUUCAGUCUGAAUGUUUAACACUGGAAAUGUGACCUGGAAAUAGUUACCCCUUAGCAUUUUUACACUGUACAUAAACACUGCAUUGUCUCUAACUGUAUCAUGUAUAUGAUGUAUAUACAGAACACUUUAUACAGUAUGUGAAAUGCUAAAUAAACUAGUGGGAUAAAUGAGAA